CAUCAGCACUCGGCGCUUCUCGGCUUGAGCGGCUUGAGCUUGUCCGCGGCUUCUCAGGUCCUUCACGACUGCUCACUCCUCAUCGUCACCGAAAUAUUUCACUUUUCCGAUGUUCGAGAUUCACGGCUACGUGAAGUCACAAUGACGUUUACGUGGGAAAGCAAAGUGAUCAAUUACGAGGCUGAACGAAAGGAGCGGCGUUGCGCCUUGGAAGAAGUCACCGAUCACCCGCUCAAGAUCAGCGUCAUCACCUUGCAAGAUGGCCGCCCGCAGCGCCGUUCGGGCACAUCUAGCAGCAGCGGCUCGUCGUCCGCUUCGGGGACCCCCCGUCGGUCGUCCGCCACCACGUCCUGGGGAGGCCUGGACCCCCUGUCCAGCCUCCACCCGCUGGGCAGCGCCCUCGAGGGCCUCGACCCCCUGUCCAUGAUGAGCGCGGAGGACGGCGGAGAGAAGUCGGAACACUUUGCCACGAAGGGCAGUGGCGCCUUGGACGAGAGCUUCGAGGCUUGGGCCGUCAAAAAAUCCGGUAUCCUGGCCAAGUACUCCACGUCUGAGAAGCUCUCCAUAACCACCAGCUUCCUGUCAGGCGGAGAGAAAGUGAUGGUGAAGACGCAGAGUGCGGUAACGGACAAGGUGAAGAACAGACUGGAGCAGCUCGACGACUUUGAGGAGGGUUCUGUGAAAGAGAUGCUGAACCUGUCCCAGCAAGAGUAUGUGACGAGGAUCGAGGAGCUGAACCAGGCACUGGGGGAGUCCUGGGAGCAGGACCAGAGGGUCAAGGCCCUCAAGAUCGCCAUACAGUGUGCCAAGCUCCUGGUGGACACGUCCGUCAUCCAGUUCUACCCGAGCAAGUUUGUCCUCAUCACGGACAUUCUCGACAACUUCGGAAACUUGGUCUACCAGAGGAUUCAUUCCAAGGCCGAGUACUUCAAGGCAGGAAGUCGAGUCGCCAUUCCACUACCAGAGAACUUCACCCCCGACCAAGUGCCCGAGUCGGCGAAGGAAACAUGUCGCAACUGGUUCUUCAAGAUUGCCUCUGUCCGGGAGCUGAUUCCACGCUUCUACGUGGAGACGGCCAUCCUCAAGUCGUACAGCUUCCUGACUCAGAAGGAGUAUUCGACGGCGCUGAUGCGGCUGACGAGAGUCAUCUGCGGGAUAGGAGACCCCCUGGUGGCCGCAUAUGCUCGCUGCUAUCUCUGCCGCGUGGGAAUGUCGGUUGCACCGGAGGCGCACGAACACGUCCUGGAGAACUUCUGGGACUUCCUUCUCACGUAUCCCCAGCUUCAGAGGCCCCUGGUGCAGCAGACGCUGCAGCAGCAGCACAUGGACAUGGGCACCUACCUGACCCUCUACUGCCCGGCCCUGGACUGGAUCCUGCAGUGCGUCGCCUACAGGGCUCCCGAGAACGUGCUCACCGAGGUGCUCGCGCGCUGCAAGUCGCAGUGCAACAGUGCCCUGCUACUCAACUCCAUCAUGACUGCCUUCAAGCCAGAGUUCAUUGCAAACAGAGCCCUGGAGUUUGUGAACAUGAUGAAGGAGUGCGACGACGCCACUUUUCCAAAGCACGUGAUGUUUCGAACCUUGGGCCUGUGCCUGCUGGUGUCCGAUCCACCGGAGGAGCAGAAGCUCCAGGUCCUCAACGAAGUCUGGAAAGUGGUCUCCAAGCUCAAGAAUCCAGCCGACUACAUGAGCUGUGCCGAGGUCUGGAUAGAGUACCCCUGCAAACACUUCACGAAGCGCGAGAUCAACACAUUCCUCGGAGCGAUCAUCAAGCAGAUGGUUCCGGACCGUGCCUUUGAGAACCACUACACCCAGCUGGGAGCUGUCGUGGACCGGAUCCUGGUGCAUGUCCACGACUUCGCAGUCCUCUUCUCCAUCGACCACUUCCUCCCGUUCCUUGACCUUCUCCAGAAGGAGUCCGUCAAGGUGGACGUCUGCAAGAACAUCAUGGAUGCCUUCCUCAAGUACCAGAAGGAGGUGACCCACGAUCCGGUCAUCGUGAACGCGCUCAUGUACAUCUGCAAGACCAUGCACAACUCGGUCAAUGCCCUGACCCUGGAGGACGAGAGGCGUCAGAUUGCCGCGCUCAUCUGCGGCUUCCUGCAGCACAUCAGCUUUGGGCGGGACUUCGAGCAGCAGCUGUCGUUCUACGUCGACUCGCGUGCCGCCUUCAGCUCGCUCGAUCCCGUACUGGUGGAGCUGGUCCAGGACGUGAACGUGCUGGCAAUGAGGACGCGGCAGGUGGUGAAGGGCCAUCACACUCGGAAGACGGCCGCGUUCGUGAAGGCCUGUGCAGCGUACUGCUUCAUCACCAUUCCGUCCCUGAACAGCGUGCUGGGGCGUCUGGAGCUGUACCUGCUGUCGGGGCAGGUGGCGCUUCUUAACCAGUGCCUCUCUCAGGCGGACUCAUUCUUCAAGGCGGCCAUCAGCCUGAUGCCCGAGAUGCCCCACACCAUUGAGCUGGAGGGGAAGCAGAAAAGCUCGGAACCCUUCCUCCUCUCCUUCAUCAACAACUUCCUCUCCACCCUGCUCUUUGUGCCCGAUCACCCGGAGCAGGAGCCCCUGUACCUGCUGCGGGGCCUGCUCAACGUGGUGCAGGACUACCUGUGGGACUCGCACAGUGACGCCCGGGCCGUGGCAUUCCUCAACGUUCUAAACCUGCUCACAGCACUCAGCCAGGACAACUACCUCCACCACAUCGACAAGGUUGACUCGAAUGACGCCUUGUACGGCGGCGACCCCAAGUUCACGGCCCAGAUCAGCGAGCUGUGCGGGAGCGUCAUGGACGAGGUGCUCAGCCACCUCAAGUACCUGGGCGAUGCUGGUCAGUACCAAAGACAGGCAGCGCUUGCCAUGGAGCUGCUGAACCGCAUCCUGAUUGGUGGCAGCCUCGAGAACAAAUCCCUGCUUUCACUCUGCGUCAACCUGUGGAACCUGGCCCACAAGCACGGCACUCUGGACCACAAGGCAUCGGUGCGGUGCCUGGAGUUUGUGAAGCAAAGAGCAGCCAGGCCCAAAGGAAGGCCGUACUCGGAACUGGCGUGCAGGCUGCAGAUUCCGUCUCCAGUCUGACCGUCCCACACUGCGCCGUGGGACUGUUCCUUAGAAACCGUCGUUGAAAGUCUUGUCACCGUACAACAUGUUUUGCUUACAAAAAAAAAUAAUAAUAAUAAAGGCAACCCCUUUCUU